AGCGAAAGUGUGGAGUGAAAGGAGUAGUAGUGCACUAAUUGAAAACGGCAGUCAGGAGGAGCAUUGGCAGUGAGUACGAGAAGGCCACCACCAAACUGAGCCCAGCAGAGAAAGCAGAGAAAAUAUCUGCACAAAAUAUUUCCGAUCCCACCGGAGACCCCGCACCGAAUUCUCUCUCUCUCUCCAGUGAAAUGUUGCAUUCAAUUCAUCCUCCACAUAUCCCGACAUCGAGUCCAAUCAGGCCACAAAAUAUCCAGAAUUUCACUUUUGUAAGGACAAAUUUUUCUCGGGCCAGAGUGGAAAAUUGUGCACCACCCCCUGACACUAAAAAGGGAGAGAGGACUACCAGGCACCACACACUUUGAGACUAGACACACACAGAGACGAGACGAGAGAGACGAGAGAAGAGAAAGCCAGCAGCAGCAGGGGAUUAGAUUUUAUAUAUCGAGCUGGAAAAGUUGGGUGCAGUCACCCUUUCUCGAUAUACAUAAGUAGACAACAAGGCUGGAUUGCAGUAAUUAUACAAUUUGAGAGGAAGUGAAGGAGAAGUAGGAGUAGGAAAAAAUGAAUAAAAUGUCAGAGUUUUAAUGUAGUUAAUUUGUAGCAUUUUUUAUAUGGUCAUCAUAAUGUAGGGAAGCAGUAGUGGUGGUUUAUUGAGACUACUACAGUGGAUUGGAUGUCUGGACUGGAGUAUAAAAUGCUUAGCUUAGGUUGGUGGUAGUGGAGAAAGAUGCAGUGGAAAAUUGGACCAAAACUCGCUUUCUCGCUUUCUCUCGCUUUUUAUGUGUCUCUGUUGUGUGGAGGAAAAAAUGCUCUCUGGAAAAAAGGGGAACCGAGUUCUAAAUUGUUUUUGACAGCGAUGGAUUAAUUGUUAUGAUUUGUAUUUGUAUCGUUUUAGUAAUUAUGAGGAGGAAAAUGGGAUGCUGGAAAAUCCCUACUUGUUUUGGAUGGGGUUCCGAGAUGAGCAUAGCACAAUCCGAAAAAUACACAAAAAUAACGGUAACGUUUAAUAUGUUUUGUGGUCGGGAAAUUUCAUUCUCUGGAGUUUUCCAUACUUACUCGGACUUUUUGUGAAAAAUGGCGUAAAAAUAGAAAAUUAACUCACCGUGAUUCAACGUUUUUCAAUCUUCGUGGUCGGAAAAUAUAAUAAAUCGGUAGUUUCAUCCGAUCCUCUGAGAUUCUGGAGUUUUCGGAGUCUUCCAUACUGUUGAUGCCCCCUUUUUUGAAUGACUGAACUUAUUUGCUAAAAAAAUGACGUGCCGACGGACAAGGUUUUGUUGGAGUGAGUUGAGGUUUGUACUCAAAUAAACAAGGUCCCUAAAAAGGGGGAAUCUUAGUGAGGUAGUGUAAUCAUAAGUAAUAAAUAAAAUUAGAUUGCAGAAUUUUUGCAUCACCGCUCUCGGUUCUGAAUUUCUGAGCUUCAAAUUGGAAUAACUAAGCCAAUUCUUAACGGAUUUUGAUAUAUUUAUCCUUAAAAUUUUCGGGAUAAACUGCUCUACAAUUCGUGGGUAUCAAAGUGUUGAUAAAGUUUGCUAGUAACUAGCAAUAAUUACAAAUGUGUUUCUAAGGCUACAUAUUUGCCCAUAAUUCCGGUCAAAAUGACGUAAUCGCUUAGUCGGAUCAGAUCCCAUUUCUACAUUAUGUAACAAUAAUCGGUGCAAAAUUUGAUCAAAAUCGGUUGAGAAAUGACUGAGAUAUCGCAGAUGGUCACUUUUUUGGGGUGGGUCAAAUGCAUACUUAGUAAUUUUUUUCGUUGUUAGGUAUUUGCCUCACUAAGAAUAAUAAAAAAAAUAAAUCUUGUGUCUGUGUCUGAUCAAAAAUUGUUGACUUGACCAUUCCUCGCACACAAUCACCAUGACAAAAAUCCCACAGUCCUGCAAAAAAAGACCCUCAAUAACAAAACACAACAAACAUUUAUUAUGAUUUCACAAAUAUAAUCCUACCACCACUUCGCCCACAAAAUUCCCCGUGAAUACAGAAAAAAAAUGAGUCAAUCCCCUGGGCCCUCUACGCAAGAUCCCUCGACUCGAAAAAUAACCCUGGAAGAACUGAAAACUCACAACACCCGAAACGAUGCAUGGAUCGCUUUGAAAGGAAGCGUGUACAACGUGACCGACUACGCCAACAAGCAUCCGGGUGGAUACCAAGCAAUUCAACAAGGAUUCGGCAUCGACGCCACCAAAUUAUUCAAUCAGGUUCAUAGUUAUGUAAAUUUCGAAAAGAUUCUUGCCGGAAAAAAAAUUGGAGUUUUAUCACCAACCAAAAAUACAUUGGAAUAAUUCUCUCAGAAUAAAUAAAUAAAUAUCGUGCUAUUUUUUUUUACAUUUAUUCGA